GCACUCACAUUAAUUCGAUCGAUGCACCACUACUGCGUAGCUGAUCAUCCGCUCCUCUGCUAUAUAUAUCUUUCUUUCUUGCUUUCUUUCUUUCUUUCCUAAUUAAGGUUGUAGAAGAUCGAUCAAGCGACGACGACAUGAACAGAUCAUCGCUGGAUUUUGAUAAUAUUGUCGGCGUCAAAAAGGGUCCUUGGACUCCGGAGGAGGAUCUGAUCCUCUUCGCCUACGUCCAAGAACAUGGCCCUGGAAACUGGAGAUCGGUGCCUGCCAACUCUGGGUUGAUGAGGUGCAGCAAGAGCUGCAGGCUGCGGUGGACGAACUAUCUGAGGCCUGGAAUCAAGCGAGGCAAUUUCACCGAACAGGAGGACAAGGUCAUAGUGCAUCUCCAAGCUCUGUUGGGGAAUAGGUGGGCGGCGAUAGCUUCGUACCUUCCGGAGAGGACGGACAACGACAUUAAGAACCACUGGAACACCAACCUGAAGAAGAGCAAGAGGCCGAGGGAGGCGGAGGGCGGCGAGGGGAGGGGGCAGUGGGAGCGCUGCCUGCAGACGGACCUCCACAAGGCCAAGAAGGCCCUGUGCGAGGCGCUGGCGAUGGAGGCGACUGCGGUGGCGCCGCAGGAUCACAGCAGCAGAGGGAGCAGUACUUCCGACGCCUCCGCCUCGCCAUCGCCAUCGCCGGCAGCGGAGAAGGGUGUUUGCCCGGAGGUGGAGUGGGGGAGCGGGAUCUGCCAGCUUAAGCCAACGCCCAUCAUCCUGUUCGAGUCGUGGCUGUUCGACGAUAGUUUGGAUGGCGUCGAAAUGUCGUAGUUAGCCUUCUACUAUUUCCUAGAGAUGUGCCGCCGAGAUGAAGCCAUGCAAUGGAUGCUCUACUUCCUAAAUGUAAUUAAUGAAGCUAAGGUGUUAAUUAAGUUUGAUAAAUAAAUCACAUAUAUAGUGUUGGCAAUGGUAUAGGGUACCUUCUAAGUUUGUUAGGCGAUUA